GAUUCCAUGUCUUGCCCUGCUCUGCCUUUCAUCGGCUUAGUAAUCUUGUUAGCAGAGUUCCUGCGUAAUCCUCCCACAGUGUUCAGAUCCCUGCAGGUCUACACGGCUUCUUCCCCGCAGCUCUGUGGGAUGCUGCUGGACCCCAACUGAGCAACUCAGGAUGUUGAGCUGGGUGGUCAAAGUUGUUCCCCAGCCGCCUGAGCCCAAAAAAUCAGAAGAACAGAAGGAUGCUGCCCCGCCCCCUGCUCCUGCCCCGCCCCCUGCAGCUGCUCCGCCUCCAGUUACUGAGAAGAAAGUGAAGUUUCAAGAUGAAGUCAAAAGUGAAACACCAAAAGCUGAAAAACCAAUGCAGGAACCUCAGACAGGAGCGGAGAAUGGCCCAGCAGCUGGGUCUCAGAGCGGCAUGCUGACGUGGAUCAGCGGCGCUUUGCCUCAACCCGCAGUCUCACCGAAAAUGAGCCGAGCAAACUCCACUGCCAAGGAGGAAGUUGAACCAGCCAGUAAACCCGAAGACGACAAAGGGAUGAUUGCCUGGAUAUCUCAGGGUCUGGAGAAGGUUGUUCCUCAGCCUGAGUUGAAGAGCAAAGAGCCGCCCACAGCUGAGCAGCCGGCAGAGGUGCGUCAGGCUGCACCUGCUCCAGCUGCAGAGCCUCCGGUUACUGUGGUGGAGGUGAAACCGGACCGAGAUGACAAAACUGAAAACAAGCCACCGAGCAUGAUAGACUGGAUCAAACAGGGCAUCGAGAAGGUGGUUCCUCAGCCAGAGAUCCAUGUUCGCUCAAAAACGGAGGCUGAAGCUCCAGCUCCAGCUAAAGCUGAAGCUCCGCCUCCAGCUCCUCCACCUGUCCCCAAACCAGCCCCAGAGACCAAGAAGUCCACCAAGGAAGCCGAGGAGCCACCAAACAUGAUGGGCUGGAUCGUCAAUGGGAUCGGUCGCAUGUUGCCUCAGCCCGUGCAGAAGUCGGAUGCAGGAAAUGACGAGGUGCAGACCAUCAGUAUCAUACAGAAGAACACAGACCUGGUGCUGGAGGACAUUGAACAGGAAGAAGUCAAGGAAACAAAGCCGGAGGUGAAGGAAGAGCCACAGCUGGAGAAGAAAGAGGAUGUGAAGCCAUCCAAAAAGGAGACUGGAGAUGCAGAAUCACAGGUGGAUGAGUUGAGUCCACUGAUUGACAGCAUCAAAAAGGAGGCUGGAGAGGCAGUCCUAGCUCACAUGGAGGAAAGGCUGCAGCAGGAGCGUCUGGAGGCAGCUCGUGUGGCUGAGGAGAUGGCCAGAAAGGCAGCGGAGGAGGCAGUCCGCCAGCUCGAGGUGGAGCAUUCAGCUAAGAUUGUAAUAGAAACACUACCAGAGUCCAAUGAACAGCUGCCCAAUAUCCUGGAAGAAGAAAAUGAGGAUGAUCCAGAGUUACAAAACCUGCAGGAGGACAGUGAAGACAGCACAGAGAAUCAGAGUCCUGAGGAAAAUAAAGUGACAGAGGAAGAUAAAAUCAAGACCACUGUUGAGGAAGAGACUAAAUCUGAGCAGGCAGAUCUCAAAAGGUGCAUGGUAGACGUCUGCCCAGCUGAAGAUGAAAUCAAAGCAACAACUCAAGUGGAAAAGGUGGAGCCUGCUCCAGACGAAACCCACAAGCCCCCAACUCCACCCACUGAAUCUGAAGCACCAGAGGAAGCCACUCCUUCAACAGAUGCAGAACCAGUCUCCCAACAACCUGAGCCACUGCCUCCAGAAACUCCACCCACUACCACGGAUCAGACCAGCACAGCAGAAGCAGAAGAAGGUGGAUGUGGAGAAAACUGCAGUAAACGUUUGGCUGAAGCUUCAGAGCUGAAGGUGGAGGCGAUGGAUGUGAUGGAAGGGAAAGGUCUGAACAUCCCCCAGAUUAUCACCACCCCAGAACCAGAACCGAACAAUCUCACAGCCCCAGAGCUCAGUGUUGCAGGUGAUGUGUCUGCAGACGAGGACGAUCCCGAGCUGCUGAGGGUCGGUUUGAAAGUCUGGACCACUCAGGGAGACCACCUGUCUGCAGACGACGAGACACGUCCGCUGUCGGCGACCAGCGUCGGCAGCGUGGUGGUCCAGGACCGCCUCAACGAGCUCGUCAGACUGUUCAAAGGUCGGACGGAGCGGCAGAAAGAACGGCUGAUCGACCCGGACGAAUCGGAGGAAGAAAGUCCCGCAGCCUCUCCAAGCAAAGCUCCGCCUCCCCCUCCUCCCCCGCCUCCCCCGGGAGAGGAGAAGAAAGACACAGCAGCAGGAGGAGGAGAAGAGGAAAAGGAGGAGGAAAAGGAGUUUAAAUUUGAGCUUCUGGGAUAUGAGGUCAAAAUUCCCAAUCUGCCCAAACUUCCCCCGAUGCCUGGCUGGCUCCGAGCCAUCCUGGAGUUCCGCUUCCCCUCGAGCAUCGACCCGUUCACCGACCUGAUCUACGUCAUCUGGCUGUUCUUCGUGGUGGCGGCGUGGAACUGGAACGUAUGGCUGAUCCCCGUCCGCUGGGCGUUUCCUUACCAAACCCCCGAAAACAUCCACCUGUGGCUGCUGGCCGACUACACCUUCGACCUCAUCUACAUCAUUGAUAUCCUCGUCUUCCAGCCCAGGUUGCAGUUUGUCCGCGGAGGAGACAUCGUGUGCAACAAGAAGGACAUGAGAGAGCACUACAUGACCACAGAGAGAUUUAAGAUGGACAUCAUCAGCCUGUUUCCUUUGGAGGUAUUUUACUACUUCACUGGAGUCAACUCUCUGCUGAGGUUCCCUCGCCUGCUGAAGUACAUGGUUUUCUCUGAGUUCAACGACAGAAUGGAAUCUGUGAUGAAGAAAGCGUACAUCUAUAGGGUGAUCCGAACCUCAAUGUACCUGCUGUACUCCCUGCAUAUCAACGCCUGCCUCUUCUACUGGGGCUCCGAUUAUGAAGGACUGGGAUCCACCAAGUGGGUCUACAAUGGAAAAGGCAACGCGUACAUCCGCUGUUACUACUUUGCCGUGAAGACGCUGAUCACCAUUGGAGGACUGCCCGACCCAACCACUGUCUUUGAAAUCUGCUUCCAACUCAUUAAUUACUUUGUUGGCGUCUUUGCUUUCUCCAUCAUGAUCGGUCAGAUGAGGGAUGUAGUUGGAGCGGCGACUGCCGGGGAGAACUACUACCGUGCCUGUAUGGACAGCACGGUUAAGUACAUGACCUCCUACAACAUCCCUCGCGAGGUCCAGAACCGCAUCAAGACCUGGUACGACUACACCUGGAAGAGCCAGGGCAUGCUGGAUGAGCAGGAGCUUCUGAUCCAGCUUCCCGAUAAGAUGAGGAUGGACAUCGCCGUGGACGUUAACUACGCCAUCGUCAGUAAAGUCGCCCUGUUUCAGGUCAGAAACGGCGAAGUGUGUGUGUGUGUGUGUGUGUGUGUGUUUCAGGGGGAGAUCGGCAGGGAGAUGUACAUCAUCAAGCAGGGCGAGGUUCAGGUGGUGGGCGGUCCUGACCUGCAGACGGUGUUCGUCACCAUCAGAGCCGGCUCGGUGUUUGGAGAGAUCAGUCUGCUGGCGGGAGGCGGAGGAAACCGGCGCACAGCCAACGUGAAGGCCCACGGAUUUGCCAAUUUAUUCAUCCUGGAUAAGAAUGACCUGGCAGAGAUCCUGGUGCAUUACCCCGAGUCCGAAAAACUGCUGCGCAAGAAGGCCAAGAAGAUGCUGACGAAGGACAAGAAGCCGGAGGAGAAGGAGGAGGGUAAAGGUGCAAAGACAGUCAUCCCGCCACGACCGGACACGCCAGAAAUGUUCAAGGCCGCCCUGAAGGUGACGGAGCAGGCAGGCAUCGAGGGAACCUUCGCCAAGCUGAAGAAAGUAUACAGACCAUCUGAGGCGGGAGAGGCACAGGCUCCUCCCUCCAUUUCUCCAAUCCCGCCCCCUUCUCCAAUGCACCGCCGGUCUCCGGUACCCCUGAGUCCAGCUCCGGAAGACGGAGAGGAAACGGUGGCAGAAACAGCCGACAGCUCGGUCAUCAUCAGGAUGACGCCGCGGCACAAAGGGGAGGAGGUUCUCACCGUGGAGAUGAAGGCAGGAGAGAGAGGGGGGGAGGAGGAGAAGGAGGAGACGAAGGAGAAGGAAGAGGAGCCGUCAAAGGAGUGA